AUGUCAAUAUAUAACUUACACUACGAGACAUAUCCAGGUAAAAUUGUCGAUUUUUAUUCAUUAAAUGCCAAAAAAUGCGUCCUUCUAAUGUAUAAUGAUGAAAUGAAAUUGCUAACACAAUAUCUAUUAUUAAUGAAUAAGGAAACAAACGAUACGGUUGAAAUUUUAUGCCGAAAUUGGAAAAUUGAUGCAUCUGAAGCACUUCGUGUUGGUUAG